AUGUCCGUGACCUUUGCUCAACGCGGCAGACCACCACCGAAUCCUGCUCAAAUACAGAAGGUAAUAAAUAUUAUGUAUAUUAUUAAUUUCGUAUUAAUAUCGUAUUAAUAUCGUAUUAUAUGAGUUUUCUUGAAAUGUCAUUUUUUUCAUGUAAUUUUAUUACGUUUAAAAAAAGUAAUAAUUCGUCCAAAACGACAAUUAUAAAAAAAAUGUUAAAUAAAAAGAACAUGAUUAUUUUAUAAUAUUAAAUUUACUAUUUAUGUGAUAUUAAUUAUGUGUAUAAUUUGUUAACAGAUGCUUGAUGAAAACAGUCAGCUUAUACAGACGAUACAAGAAUAUCAAAAUAAAGGAAAACCUCAAGAAUGUAUACAGUAAGUAAUCAUUUUCAGAAUUGUAUCAGUGUGACAGUAUUCAAUGAUACAAUAUGAUUUUUUUUUUUAGAUAUCAACAGAUGUUACAUCGCAAUUUGGUAUAUUUAGCAUCCAUUGCUGAUGCAAAUCAAAAUAUACAAGCAUUACUACCAGUAAGAAAUAUUUAAAAUAUAUUAAGCUAUAAUAUUUAAGUUGGAAGUGCAUUAAUAUUAUUUUUAUUAUUGCAAUAAGCCUCCACAAGGAAUUCCUAAUGGUCCCCAACAUGGUAUGAUGAAUCCACAAGGCCUUCCUAAUGCUCCUACAGGAUCAAGUGGACCUGGAGGUGAUAUGCCUCCAAAUACUCAACCAACUUUACCAAUGUCAAAUUUUAGUCAAGGGCAACCAAUGACACAAGGUGGAUACCGUGGUCCAGUUAUGCCUGGACAAGGACCUGCUAUAAAUAGACCACCUACUGCACCUGGACCACAACAAUAUAGAGGACCUCAAGGUUACCCUCAACAACCUUCUCAACAAAGUUAUCCUACACAAUAUACCAAUCAAAAUCCUGGCACCAAUUAUCAAGGACCACAGGGAGCUGCCUAUACUCCAGGUCAACCAAAUCAGUAUGGACCACCAAAUACUUCUCAACAACAGGGAUAUAGCACAUCGACCCAACCGAAUUAUGGUCCUCCAACUACUGUAAAUAGUUAUGGACCUCAGCCAGGUGGAUAUCCACCACCAGGGACAACUCAGCCUCCUACAGGAUAUGGUCCACCACCACCGAAUCAGCAAGGCUAUCCUCCUUCUAAUCCUUCUCAACAAAAUUUUGCAUCAACCGGACAACAACAACAACCUGGUCAAUACGGUAGCCCUAGUCCACAACCAAAUUAUCAACAGCCACCAUCUCAAGCUCCGCCUCAAAAUGCGUACGGAGGUGGUCAACCCGGAAAUUAUCCUCCUCCUUCAUCACAAGCAUAUGCAAAUAAUGUUCCACCUCAAAAUUAUCCGGCUCCUCCUACUUCUAGUGCUCAACCUCCUCAGCCUGGAUCUCAACAAAGCACUGGUCCUCAACCAAAUUAUGGUAAUCAGCCAAGUCCCGGUCCUGGUGCAACACAAUACGGUCCAGCUUCUACAUCUCCACCGUUCAGUACUGCCUCUGCGAGUGGAGUAAACACCUAUGCUCAGAGUAGUCAACCAACAAGUACACCAUCUGCUUCGACUCAAACUUAUCCUCCAAAUAGCGCUCCACCACCUACUUCACAAGGUGGAAAUUAUGCCCCGCCGGGACCUGCUCCAUCCGGAUAUCCAGUGCAUCAAGCACCUCACCCAUCAUCGCAUCCACCACAUCAACCGCCGCAUCAGUCUCCACAUCAACCUCCUCAUGCUCCUCAUCAACCACCUCAUCAACCAUCUCAUCAAUCAACUCAUCAACCUCCAGCGCAUCAAUCUCCGCAUCAACCGCAACAAUCUCAACAACAAUCUCAGACACCACCACAAUCUCAACAGCAACAGUCUCAAAGUCCUGCUCCAAGUGGAUUUCAGCCACCUUCAGGACCUCCACAAGGUCCUGCUCCGCCUCCAGGUCCACAACCACAGCCUGGGUAUGGCCCAGCUACCACACAAACAUAUGUACCACCAACACCAGGUGGUCAACCACAGGUAUAUACUCCUCAUCCACCUCAAGGUGGUCAACAUUAUGGACAUCCACAAUAUCCUCCUCAAAGUUAUCCUCCACCGCCAGCAGGACAAGGAUAUCCUCAGUAUCCACCACGACCACCUGGUGGACAUAUGCCUCCUCCUCCUGGACCUCAAGGACCUCCUCCACCAAAUCAAUAUGGUGGUUAUGGGUAUCAACCACCUCCACAAUAG